AUGCAUCCCGCAAACCUGGCGGCGGGAGCCGCGGCGGGAAAUCCGGCGGGAGAUUCCCAAACGGAGUUCCCAGGAGCGGUGUGGGGCGCGCUGCGGCCGCACAAGGUGCCCGGGGUGCGCAACAGCCCAGCGGAUGCCACGUGGCUGAACAAGGACGAGCGCGACACGGCGGUCUACAUCGAGGAGUGCUGCUCGCUGUGCGCGCUCAACGACCAAUGCGAGUACUGGACGUUCACGCGGAGGCUCGAUUCCAUCAAAGGCACGUGUCAGCUCUUUUCCAGCCAGCAGUGCGCCCCCAGCAAGGCCUACUCCGCGCUCUCCCGCCCCGCCUCCGCCCCCGCCUCCUCCCCCCGCACCCACCACCCCGUCUCCUCCCCCAAAGUCUCCUUCUCCUUCCGCAAGGCGCCAAAAGACGCCGCCCUUCCGACCCCGGGCAGCUCCGACGGCACGGGCGGCAAUGGCGGAGCGGGCGGUGGAACAGGCGCAGGGACGGCAGGCGGGGGACUGGAUGAUCCUCUAGCGGGGACAGGGGGAAGCGGAGGGGACAGCAGCAGCGGUGGCAACAGUGGCAGCGGUGGCAGCAGUGGCAGUGGUGGAGGCAGCAGCACCGGAAGCAGUAGCACCACUACCACAGGCAACACCACCUGUCCUUCCUUCUCCGGCUGUCUCUCCGCCUGUCCAGCUGGCACCAGCGCAAUCACGCAGUUAUACAGCGACACGUCAGCGCCUGCCACGUCAGCAGCGGCUAACGUGGCGCGGGGGAGGCUGUACGGUGUGGAAUCGCCGGCAGCGGGGUGGAGCGUGAUUGGCGAGGCGGGGUAUUUGAGCAUUGGGGGGUGCUGCCAGGCGUGUAAGGCGGGGGCAAGCAAUGACUGCUACUACUGGACAUGGCAACACGAUCCCACGGAGGGGGAUUAUGACAGAGGGUUGUGCACGCUGUUCCACAGCCAGGCGUGUCGCUUCAUGACAGAAGACGGCUUUCUCUCUCCCCCCGUGUUUGACCCUGCACAGACCAACACGUUUAUGUUUCCACUGCCCUGUUACUCUGCUGUGUAA